ACAACGACUACUACAACAACUACUACGACAACAACAACAACGACUACUACAACUACUACGACAACAACAACAACUACGACAACGACUACUACGACAACGACUACUACGACAACAACAACGACUACUACAACACCAACAACAACAACAACCACAACAAGGAGAACAACCACAAGGAAGCCAUGCCAUCCUAAGCCAUGGUGGCCAUGCAGGCCAUGCGGACCCGGCGGUCGGCCCUGCCUGGGCUGCCCGCCCAGAGGACAGCUCUGCAUCAACCUGCUGUCACAGCUCAAGAGUCUGGAGCGCAAGAUCAGGAAGUGCGUCUGUGGCCAGUCUCUUUUCCUCUUGUCCUAGGGCGGAGAUUGACCCAUUAUUAUGACCGAUAACACCGACCGUUGGCUACUACCAUUUGAAUGCUGUGAAUGGAUUUACAUUUGGAUUCGUUGAUUAAUUGUUUGACGAUUGUUAAUUUUUUUUUAUCUACUUUAAAUUAUAUACAUAUUUUGUUGCAUUGA